UGUUUACCUAAAUGGUGUAGUGUUUGUUAAUUUAUUUUGUUGUGAAUAGGAAAUUGUUUCUAAUAUUUAGUUUUGAAGCCUAGAGGAAUACUGGUUGAUUAUUAUUUAAAUUAUUAAUAAAAUUAAAAAUAUUUUCACAUUAAAACACGUUUUUUUUUGGAAUUAAAUUUUCACUAAAUGGUAUUGUCUACUCGUUAUUUGUUGAAAACCGUAUUACCCACAAAUUCAGUCUGUAGAUCAUUGUUUGCAGCAACUUUGGUUUUAACCCGUACAAUGGUGUCAGAUCCGAUUAUCACUCAAAAGCACCCAUUGUCUGAGGAUGAUGAGAGUAUUGUUUCCAAAAAACAGUGUAUUGAACCUAGAGUUAAAAGAAAAAAAUGUGCUGUAUUAUUGGCAUACUCUGGUCAAGGAUAUCUAGGCUUACAGAGAAAUAAAGGUACAAAGACAGUAGAAGAAGAACUAUUACAAGCGUUAAAAGCUAAUAACUUAAUUACUGAUGAAGGUUUUGAACAGAUACAAACAAUGCAUUUUCAGCGGGCUGCUAGAACUGACAAAGGAGUUUCUGCUUUGCGACAGAUAAUUUCACUUUUGUUACCUGAAGAGGUAAAUAAAGAAGUAGUUAAUAAUGCUUUACCUGAGCAAAUUAGAGUACUAGAUAUUAGAAGAGCAACUAAAGGUUUCAACAGUAAAAAUUCUUGUGAUGGACGAACAUAUUCAUAUACUUGUCCAACAUUUGCAUUUGCUCCUCAAGAAGCUACCAUAGAUUUUAGUUAUCGUAUUGAUUCCACUGUUAUUGAUAAAAUAAAUGAAAUUGUUAAGAAUUUCUUAGGAUGUCACAAUUAUCAUAAUUAUACUUCUAAAAAAAAACCUGGUGAUCCAAGUGCACAAAGAUAUAUGGUCAGUUUUUAUUGUGACAAACCAUUUGAAAAAGAUGGUAUAGAGCUAAUAUCUUUAUAUGUUAGAGGACAAAGUUUCAUGCUUCAUCAAAUUCGUAAAAUGGUUGGUGUGAUUAUUGCAAUUUGUCGAGGUGUAGCCAAUAUAGAUGUGAUAGAACGUUCUUGGAAACAAGAACGUCUUGAUCUGCCUAUUGCUCCAGGUUUAGGCUUGGUAUUAGAAGAAGUUCAUUAUGAUAAAUAUAAUGAAAAGUUUGGUAAUGAUGGCAUGCAUGAACGUUUAGAUUUUGUUGAACUCAAUGAACAAGUCUCUGAGUUUAGAGCUAAACACAUAUUACCUACAAUCAUUAAAGUAGAAAAAGAAGAAAGAUCUAUGCAAUUAUGGCUUGAACAGCUUCCAUUACACACUUUUGAAGUGCGUUCAGAACACCGCCACAUGAGAACAGAUAUUAAUGAAUUAAACAGUCCAGGAUUAGCAACAUUACAGGCUGCUGCUGAGUUAAUAGAAAAAGAGCAAAACAAUGAAGAACCAGUUAUAGAUACAAAUGUAGAAUUACCUCAUGAUAAUCUUUCAACACUUGCUGAUGCUGCUCAAGCAAUGAGUUCAAGCAAAAAUAAAUAAAUAUUUAUGUUUAUUGUGAAAAAAAGAGUACACAUUAUUGGUAAUAUA